CUGCUGAAGAAACAAGCAACCGACAGUUAUUAACUCUCCGAAAGAUGCUCUCAAAUCUGAUUAAUAUACGAAAGCACAGCGUGAAUGAAUCUUCUUUUAUUCUCUCUUUUUAGGGAGAAGAAAAGAAGCAGAGUAGUGGAGCUGACUGAGAAGUUAGUAAUGAAUUGGUAGAACUGGCGAAAGGUUUGCGGUUGUUAGGAAGAAGGACGGUUAACGUAGCUUAUGAACUAAAUGUAAACAGAAUAUAUUAAUACAUAGUCUACGAACAAAAUGCUGGCUAGGAUGGUUGUGGAUGGAGGCAAUGGGCGCACCUGUGAGUGGGAGGGGCGAUGGAACCAUAUCAAAAAAUUUCUGGAAAGAUCAGGGCCCUUUACCCAUCCUGACUUUGAACCCAGCACAGAGUCAUUACAGUUUAUGUUAGAAACCUGCAAAAUCCUGGUCAUAGGUGCUGGUGGUCUAGGAUGUGAGCUGCUGAAAGAUCUGGCUUUAUCAGGCUUUCGUAACAUUCAUGUUGUCGACAUGGACACCAUUGAUGUUUCUAACCUGAAUCGACAGUUCCUCUUCAGGCCAAAAGAUGUAGGCCGACCGAAGGCGGAUGUUGCAGCUGAUUUUAUCAACAACCGAAUACCUGGAUGCUGUGUAGUCCCACAUUUUAAGAAAAUUCAAGACUUAGAUGAGACAUUCUACAGACAAUUUCAUAUAAUUGUCUCUGGGCUGGACUCUGUAGUUGCCAGGAGGUGGAUGAAUGGUAUGCUGCUGUCUUUGCUGGUGUAUGAGGAUGGUGUCUUGAACCCAAGUUCCAUCAUUCCUUUAAUUGAUGGUGGGACCGAAGGCUUUAAAGGCAAUGCCAGAGUCAUUCUCCCUGGCAUGACUGCCUGCAUCGAUUGCACCCUGGAGCUUUAUCCUCCCCAAAUCAACUUCCCCAUGUGUACAAUAGCCUCUAUGCCUCGUUUGCCAGAGCAUUGUAUUGAGUAUGUCCGGAUACUGCUGUGGCCCAAAGAGACACCCUUUGGAGGUGUAGCCCUGGACGGAGAUGAUCCAGAGCACAUCCAGUGGGUGUACCAGAGAUCUCUGGAGAGGGCAACGGAGUUCGGCAUAACAGGAGUCACUUACAGACUAACCCAGGGUGUUGUUAAGAGGAUAAUCCCAGCUGUAGCAUCUACAAAUGCUGUCAUUGCUGCUGCUUGUGCAACUGAAGUUUUUAAAAUAGCAUCAAGUGCUUAUAUACCUCUCAAUAACUACAUGGUCUUCAAUGAUGUUGACGGCCUGUACACCUACACUUUUGAGGCAGAACGGAAGGAAAAGUGUUCAGCCUGCAGCCAAGUACCUCUGGACUUGCACUUUUCACCAUGCUCCAAACUCCAGGAGGUGUUGGACCAUCUGACUGAGUGCGCCUCCUUACAAAUGAAAUCACCUGCUAUAACAGCAACAGUGGAGGGAAGGAACAAAACACUAUAUUUACAGUCUGUUGCUUUAAUUGAACAGAGGACACGACAAAACCUGUCCAAAACACUUAAGGAACUGGGGCUAACUGACAGACAAGAGCUGGCUAUAGCUGAUGUCACCACACCCCAGACCAUGUUGUUCAGACUCUGCUUUACCUCAUAGGACAGUCUCACACACUGCCACAACUACUUGAUGUCAUUCUUGUUUCUUGGCCAACUAUGACUUCAUGUAUAAUAUUUAAA